AAAACAAAAAUAACAAUGAUAACUCUUAAUGAUAUGAGCCCUCCUAUCACUGGUCAUACGCCAAUGGAUUUGGGGGCACAUCUAUAUAAGAUGACUUUCUUUGCAAAAUGUCUAACUGUUGCCGAAAUGAAGUUGACAAUUGCUUUGCUAUUCACAUUCGUAGCUGUGGCUAUUGGUGGAACCAGCCUAGACUUUUCCACGGCCAAGGGCUGGAUGGUCCCUCAAAUCGAUGGUGGCUUCAAAUGGAUGAGUCGUGAACAAUACGACAUGGAGGUGGCCUCCAUCGAACCUCGUGCUUUGCAAGUUAAAUUCUAUUUGUAUACGAAAUCAAAUCCCACCACUCCCAAACAGAUCACUGUGAAUGAUGCCAAUGCCUUGGCCGCUUCAUAUUUCAACAAGAACAAUCCGACUCGCUUUGUUAUUCACGGUUGGAACAACAAUUACCAAUCAGAUGUCAAUGUAGAUGUGCGUUCAGCCCUGUUGGCCAGUGGUUCUUACAACGUAUUCUGCGUCGAUUGGAGUUCGAGCGCCCAGACCAUUAACUACGCCAGUGCCCGCUAUGAUGUGCCAAGUGUUGGUCAAUUGGUUGCAAACUUCAUUGAUUUUCUGAAUGAAAAAGGUGGCAUGUCCUUCUCCACUCUCGGUCUGAUCGGUCACAGUUUGGGUGCCCAUGUCUCAGGUUACGCUGGUAAACUUGUCAAGAGGGGUAAGGUACACACAAUUGUUGGCUUGGAUCCCGCUUUACCACUCUUCAGUUAUUCCGACUGCAGUACUCGUCUGUGCACCACUGAUGCUAGCUACGUUGAAUCGAUCCAAACCAAUGGUGGUACCUUGGGUUUCUUGGAGCCCAUUGGCAAGGGUGCUUUCUAUCCCAAUGGAGGCAAAACACAACCCGGUUGUGGUGUCGACUUGACUGGCUCCUGCGCUCAUAGCCGUUCCUACAUUUACUAUUCCGAAGCUUUGCGUAAGAAUGACUUCCCAUGCAUGAAGUGUGGUACCUAUACAGCUGCCGUAGGUAACCAAUGUGGUUCGACUUAUAGUUCGGUGCGUAUGGGUGCUCCUUCGAAUUAUGGUGUAGCUGGUUAUUUCUAUGUGCCAGUUAAUAGCGCCGCUCCCUAUGGCAAAGGCUCGUAAAUGAUUGUUUUGUGAUUAAUAAAUAAUGCAUUAAAAUAUAUAAGCUACAGAAAUAUU